AUGGUGGGAAUACCAGAUGGAAUUCAUACUUUCCAAGACUUUGUUCGUGGAGGGUUGAUUGAGUAUCUUGAUGUUAAUGAACAGAACAAUGCCCUGAUUGCAUUAUAUGAGGGAGAGGCCACAUCUGAAACAACCCAUAUUGAGAUAGAGCCUUUCACCAUCUUAGGCGUCUGUGCUGGGUUAAUUCCAUAUCCUCAUCAUAAUCAGUCACCAAGAAAUACCUAUCAGUGUGCUAUGGGUAAGCAAGCUAUGGGAAGCAUUGCAUACAACCAGUUUUCUCGAAUGGACUCCGUACUUUACCUGUUGCUUUAUCCUCAACGGCCUUUAUUGACAACAAGGACAAUUGAGCUGGUUGGAUAUGAUAAGCUUGGAGCUGGUCAGAAUGCUACUGUUGCUGUGAUGAGUUAUAGUGGCUAUGAUAUAGAGGAUGCUAUUGUGAUGAACAAGUCAUCUCUGGAUCGUGGGUUUGGUCGUUGUAUUGUCAUGAAGAGUUACACUGCCAUUUAUCAGAAGAAUUAUGAGAACGGUACAUCAGAUAGAGUACUUAGGCCACAAAGAACAGGACCUGGUUCAGAAAGGAUGCAGAUACUGGAUGAUUAUGGACUUGCUGCUCCUGGGGAGAUAAUUAAGCCAAAUGACAUCUAUAUCAAUAAGGAAUCUCCUAUUCAUACCACAGGGCAACGUGUCCCCGCAGAUGGACAGCAAGAUAUUGCAUAUAAACCUGCUAAACAAACAUUUAAAGGUCCCGAGGGAGAGUCUUGUGUGGUAGAUAGAGUUGCCUUUUGCUCUGAUAAGAGUGAGAAUUUAUGUAUCAAGUUUAUAAUUCGCCAUACACGUAGACCGGAGGUUGGUGACAAAUUUAGUAGCAGACAUGGGCAGAAAGGUGUUUGUGGCACCAUCAUUCAACAGGAAGAUUUCCCAUUUUCUGAAACUGGCAUCUGUCCUGAUUUAAUCAUGAAUCCUCAUGGUUUUCCAAGUCGGAUGACAAUAGGUAAGAUGAUAGAGCUUCUUGGGGGUAAAGCUGGAGUUUCGUGUGGUAGGUUUUAUUAUGGAAGUGCCUUUGGAGAAGCAAGUGGUCAUGCAGACAGGGUUGAAGCUAUAAGUGAAACACUUGUGAAGCGUGGUUUUAGCUACAACGGCAAGGACUUCCUUUACUCAGGUAUCACAGGUUGCCCACUACAAGCAUAUAUCUUCAUGGGGCCAAUUUACUACCAGAAAUUAAAACAUAUGGUUCUGGAUAAAAUCCAAGCCAGAGGCAGUGGGCCCCGAGUUAUGCUAACUAGGCAGCCUACUGAAGGCAGAGCCCGAAAUGGAGGACUGCGUGUUGGAGAAAUGGAACGUGAUUGCCUGAUUUCUUAUGGAGCUAGCCUGUUGAUUUUUGAGCGCCUAAUGAUCUCUAGUGAUCCUUUGGAAGUUCAGGUUUGUAGAAAGUGUGGUUUGUUAGGAUAUUUCAGUCAUAAGCUGAAAAGAGGGAUUUGUUCUUCCUGUAGUAAUGGAGAUAAUAUCUCUAUGAUUAAGUUGCCAUAUGCUUGCAAGCUCUUAUUUCAGGAACUGCAAUCAAUGAACAUUGUUCCUCGCAUCAAUUUAGCAGAACCAUAA